CUGCAUCUAAGGUCCAGGACGUUCGGAUUCAGAAGCCGUGCCCCUUGCUCCUGUGCUUGACAGCAACCGAUGCCCCUCUCUUCCGAGCACACGUCCAAUUUCUGUCUGAAUCCGGCUACGCUGGCAGGUCCACCAUAUCUGGUGGCGACAAGCUCCACCUGUUAGUGACCAAGGACUUCCUUGCGUUCGUUUUAAACUUCCUGCCUGCUCGUUUCAUGUUGCGAUCCCUAGUUCUUGUCUUGCGAGAGCAGGGAGAUAAUUACUUCACCGGGGCAAGUCCAACUCCAUGGUGUUGUGAUCAUUUAUACGCCAAGUGUGAAGAUACUUUCUGGAGCGCAAGCAGGAUUCCACAUGACCUUCUCGUCACCACUUAGCAUUUUGUAAACCCUUAUCAUGCCCACCUUGAGCCGUAUUAAAAUCCGUCCUCUGUUGGUAUCUGAGGUAGCCCAGCCACGAGCUCUGGAACAAGCGAGGCAUGAGCAUUGAGCUGAACUGCUGCUGGCCAUUUACUGGUAGGGGUUGGGAGGUGGAAGGAGCAACAGCAGCUCCUCCCCGCGCUGUUAGGUAGCGUGUCCUUUCUCCCUGCGCAGAGGACAGUAGCCAGGGAGCAGUCUUUAAAGAACAUAAGAAUUGGGAUGGACUGGGUCAGACCAUCUUGCCCAGACCAUCGUGUCACACUGCAGCCUGCGCAGACUCAACCAUGUCUGGCCACAGCAAAGCGGGCAAGCCGCUGGGGAAAGGAGGUGCCAGGUGCCCCCACAAAGUUCUCUGUGACAACAUCCAGGGCAUCAUUAACCCAGCCAUCUGCCACCUGGCUCGCCAUGGCAGCAUGAAGCACAUCUCCAGCCUCAUCUGUAAGGAGACCCACAAGGUGCUGAAGGGCUUUCUGGAGAGUAUGAUCCAUGACACCAUCACCUACACCGAGCAUGCCAAGCGCAAGACUGUGACCCCCAUGGAUGCGGUCUACGCAUUGAAGCGCCAGGGUCGCACCUUGAUUCAGUGGCUAAACUUUCAGUAUCAAAACCCCUUGUAUCGCACGGUGGCAAAGUAGAUGCUGAAAGAGAGAGUGAACUGGGUCAGACCAGUGCUUUUC